AUGCCUUUCACCACAGUUCUGAUUCCCAGAGAUACCACAGAGGAACACAAGCAUGAACAUAGGGGGAAAGUCAUUCAGAAAAUAUAUGACACUAACUGCCCGAUAAACAUCUUCUUCAUCUUGAUUAAUGAGUUCUGUGAACGUUUCUCCACGUGUGGCACAACAGCUGUGAUCACCAUGUACAUGGUCUAUUUCCUCCAAUGGAGUGAAAACACGUCUACUGCCACAUACCAUCUCUUUAACGGCUUAAACUUUUUCAUCAGCACCACAGGAGCCAUCAUUGCCGACUCUGGUUUGGGAACUUACAACACAAUUGUGACGGGCCACAUUUUGUGUAUGAUGGGCCACAUGAUCCUAAUACUCAGUACAGUGCCCAUAAAGGGAGGACAGAUGAUUCAUCUGUUCCUCUUUAUGUCAGGAUACUCUCUGAUUGCCUUAGGGUCAGGAAUCAUUAAGCCUUGUGCUGUGGCCUUUAUUGGAAACCAGUUUGAAGAAGAGCAUACAGAAGAAAGGAGAAAAUUAUUCUCAGUUAUGUAUUUCAUAGUCAACCUGGCGUUCUUGAUUUCAACAAUUUUCAUGCCCAUGCUCAGAGCUGACAUCAAAUGCUUUGGAGGAGAUUGUUAUAUGCUUGUCUUUGGUGUCUCUGGAUUAUUUCAACUCUCUGCAGUGGUUGUGUUCUCAUUUGGAAAAGAGAUGUACAAAAUAAUUCCUUCAGAAGAAGAUAUUAUACUUAAAGUCUGCAAAUGUGUAUGGUUUGCUAUUUCAAACCGUCUGAAGAAUCGCUCCAAAGAUAUUCCAAAGAGAGAGCAUUGGUUGGAUUGGGCAGCUGAAAAGUAUCCGAAGCAGCUCAUCUUGGAGGUAAAAGCGCUGACCCGUGUACUGUUCCUCUACAUCCCACUGCCAAUGUUCUGGGCUCUUUUCUAUCAGCACGGCUCUCGGUGGACUGUGCAAGCGAACAGGUUGAAUGGCAAUAUUGGAUAUUUUGUGAUCAACCCUAAUCAGUUUCAGCUAUUGAAUCCCUUCUUGAUUCUCAUCCUCAUCCCAACAUUUGACUUGUGUAUCUACCCACUAAUCAAGAUGUGCAAAAUCAACUUAACACCCAUUACUACGAUGGUUAUUGGAAUGCUACUGACAGCCUUGGCAUUUGUUGCUGCAGCCAUUCUACAGUUUAAUGUGGAUAGAAUGGCUCCAGCCGAACCAGCUGAGAGAGAGAGCUUCCUACAGAUCGUAAAUCUCGCAAAAUCAGAUGUGAAGAUGACAUUGCAGAACAAUCAGAGUAACACCUUGUUAGCAAAUCCCAUGAGGUCCUUUCAGCAAACACCAAAAUAUUCCAAACUCCUUCUGAACACUGAGAGCCAAAGCUUCCAAUUUCAGCUACAGUCCCGUAGCUCAUCUGUCAGCACUGAGCAUGUGGUGGAAGAGAAGAGCCGAUACAGUUUGGUCAUUCAUGGCAAUGGAAGCAGAGUCUCCAGCAUCUUGAUGAAAGACAUUGGAACCAAACCAGCCAAUGGAAUGGCAGCUGUGAGGUUUGUGAACACUUUGGACAAGGAAGUGAAUAUCUCCCUGGGCGAAGACAACUUUCUCACUGUUGAUAGAAACUAUAAUGUCUCUGCUUACAUAACUUUGGAAAGGGGAGAAUAUCAUCAUGUGUUGUGCAGUACAGAUGAUGAGGAAUUCUUCCUAGACCUGGGUCUGCUUGACUUUGGCGCAGUCUAUACAGUCUUCAUUGUUGAGAAGUCUGGACAGGGCCCUUGGGCCUGGAAAACCAAGAACAUUCCAGCCAACAAGGUGUCUAUCUUGUGGCAGAUGCCACAAUAUGUGCUUAUCACAGCUGGGGAGGUCAUGUUCUCUGUCACCAGCUUUGAAUUCACUUACACUGAGUCUCCUCCCAGCAUGAAGUCGUUGCUACAAGCAGCCCGAUUGCUGACAGUCUACAUAGGAAACUUAAUUGUGGUCAUUGUGGCAAGGUCUGUUUUUCUGAUACAGUGGGUUGAGUUCAUCUUCUUUUCUGGCCUCCUGUUUGUCGUCUGCUUCGUCUUCUCCAUUAUGGGCUACUACUAUAUUCCCUUCAAUCAGGGACAGCAGAAAAGCCACAAGGAACGUCCCGAUGGAGAGCCUGGGGAUCUUCUUGUGUCCCAGCAGCUCUAA